CCGUAACUCUCGUGGACUGGGUUCGACCCUGUCUAUGGCUUGAAAAACCUUGUGCGAUGCAACAUAUGUCGGGAGCUUAGUCGCGCCCGUCGCUGUAAAUGACCAUUUGCAUGACGGGAUAUGUGCGGUGCAUUAGCUAUGUUCAAUGCCUGGUGGUCGCCAUGGAACGGCAAUGUCAGCGGCGUGGAAAGUUAUGCUCGGCGCUUAUAGGCGCCCCCAAACUUUGGCUGCAUCUGAGGUGUUGAGUGGGGGGCAGAAGUAGAGCUCGCGUGCGCGAGGGCCAGGGUUGGCAGAGAGGGGAGGGGGCUACAGCCCUCUGGCCACGAACCAGGUCGACCCUCCGGACGCGGGAGUGUCCAAUGAGGCGUUGACACCGUAUGGGUGCGACUUCUCCAAAGAAGGCUUGCCGGCUCACGUAAUCUCAUGUUUCUUAGCUUCAGAACCUGUAGCCAGCCAGCAGGCCCUGGAAGACCAGUUGUGUGGCUGCUGCUAAAGCUAGGUGCAGCUGCUGCUACUGCUGCCAGCGCGUCACGGCGCCACAACGAGCUGCUUGCUAAUAACGCAACGAUGAACGAGGUCUACCGCCCAGAUGUGCCGCGGGCCUAUCAGGCUGUGGACAGUAAGCACCCGGAAGGCAGCAAGGGGUUGAGCAUACCCACCUACACCGUGUUGCAGCAGCACGCCGCGUUCUGGGACAGAGACAAUGACGGGCGCAUCUACCCGUACGACACGUAUGUGGGCUGCCGCGAGAUCGGCAUGUCGCUGCUGCUGAGCCUGGCGUUCGUGUGGCUGCUGCACUUCACACUGCUGGCGCCGUACAUGACGCAGGACAACUGGCUGCUGCACCCCUACCUGGCCAUCCACCUCAAGAACAUCCACCGCCUGCACCACGCCAGCGACACCGGCACCUAUGACGAGGAGGGCCGCAUGUACCCGCGGAAGUUUGAGGAGAUCUGGGAGGUGCUGGGCGCCGAGCAGCUGGCCAGCUGGGCGGACGUGCGCCGCCUGCUGGCGGCCAACCGCUGUGUGGGCGACCCGCUGGGCUGGCUGGCCUCGGCCGUGUCGUGGGGGCUGCUGUACAGCGUGGCGCGGGACGAGCGGGGGGUGCUGGGGCGCGAGGCGGUGCGGCGCUGCUUCGAUGGCACGCUGUUUUACGCCCUGGCGGAGGGCCGCCGCGCGCGCGCCCUGGCGUCGAAGUAUGAGUGAGUAGCGAAGCCCCGCACGCGGCGGGUGGCGGGCGGCGGUGUCUUGCGUCGCAGCAUCACUGCUUGGGUGUUGCAUUACUUGCAUACAAUGCAGAAGAGGGGCAUAAAUGCAUGAGGCAUAAGGAGGCCAGGACCUUGCUGGUCGUGUUUGGGCUAGGUUAGACGCCUAGGAGUAGGAGUGAAGCGAAUGCGGGACUCUGUCUCAAGGCUGAGCCCGAAUGCCUGUCGAACUGCAGCUUGGGAGUGUGUGAGCGCUAAACGAUGCGUCAAGCCUGGGAAGCCGUACCACAUGAAAAUAUAGUGGAGUUGGCCAUGGACCCACAUCUGUAGUAGGACUUCUCGGCAAAAGCCACACCUGGAUGCCCCAGGGCGUGUUUCCGCGGGGUUAUGUACCGAAGGCAGGUUGCAUAGUACGCGACCCUCU